GGCGUUGCCUCUAACAUGGAGAAGGUCGCGCAUGAUUAUAAUAUUCGAAAAAGAAAAACGGUUCAUGAGGGCAAAGACACAGGACAAUCCGCUGCUAAGAAACGGUCGGAAGAGAAACAAAAAAAUGGAGUUAAAUGGAGUUUUCUUGAACAUAAAGGCCCUGUUUUCGCUGCGCCUUAUGAGCCACUACCUAAAAAUGUGAAAUUUUUCUAUAAUGGGCAAACAAUGAAACUUAGUGAAGAUGCUGAACAGAUUGCUGGACUUUAUGCAAAGAUGUUGGAUGACGAUUAUACAAAGAAGAAAAUUUUUAAUAAAAAUUUCUUCGAGGAUUGGAGAGCCUAUAUGACUGAUGAAGAAAGAAAAGUUAUAACUGAUCUAUCCAAGUGUAAUUUCAAGCAGUUACAUGCGUAUUUUAUGGAUCUCGCUGAGAAAAAUAGGAACAGAACAAAGGAAGAAAAAUUAGCGUUAAAAGAAAAGAACGAGGCGUUAUUAAAAGAAUUUGGUUUUUGUACCAUUGAUGGACACAAGGAAAAAAUUGGCAACUUCAAAAUUGAACCACCAGGACUUUUUAGGGGUCGAGGUGAACAUCCAAAAAUGGGAAAACUCAAGAGGCGUGUUGAAGCUGAAGAUGUAAUAAUUAACUGUAGCAAAGAGUCAACUAUACCGGUGGCACCGCCCGGUCAUAAGUGGAAAGAAGUCCGUCAUGAUGACAAAGUAACAUGGCUGGCAUCCUGGACGGAGAACGUACAAAACCAAGUUAAAUACAUAAUGUUAAAUCCAAGCUCAAAAUUGAAAGGAGAAAAAGACUGGCAAAAGUAUGAAACGGCCAGAAAAUUACAUCAAAAAGUUAACAAAAUCAGAGAAAACUAUCAAAUUGACUUAAAAUCCAAGGAAAUGAAAAUUAGGCAACGAGCUAGCGGCAAUAACUCCAUAGCGCAACUCAACACAGUGUUACCCAGACCUAGUUUAGAGGCACUAGAGAUUAAAAUGUUAAUGAUGAAACUGAACCGAGACUGCUUUUAUGACGCAAUCACGCAUGCAAAAAACAAAAGUAGCUAG